AUGAUCACCGACGAGCUCGUUUCUUCGUCAUCAUUGACCAUUUCAGUCAUUGUCGUCUCUCGACGAAAUCAAAAACGACUCCGAAAUAGGAAAAACACAAGAAACGAUAAUUGGAAGACAGAAGACCAUCCGUUUGGGUGCGUGAGCAACAUGUCUGAAGUGCGCGAGAGCGACAUCGAGUAUAUGGCAGCUCAUCUCCCGUAUAGAGGAAGGAAAGUAGCCGACUUCAAGGAAAGUUAG